CCUCCCCCCCAUAUCCGUGCGCCGAGCUGAUAAAGGCGCCAUUUUGGAGGGGCCGCGGGAGACGUGGUGCCGCUGCGGGCUCGCUCUGCCUUGCGCUAGGCUUGGUGGGAAGGCCCUUUCUCGAGUCCGCGCUUUUCGUCGCCGCCAUGUCGGGAGGUGGUGUGAUUCGUGGCCCGGCGGGGAACAACGACUGUCGUAUCUACGUGGGUAACUUACCUCCAGACAUCCGAACCAAGGACAUUGAGGACGUGUUUUACAAAUACGGCGCUAUCCGCGACAUCGACCUCAAGAAUCGCCGCGGGGGACCGCCCUUCGCCUUCGUUGAGUUCGAGGACCCGCGAGACGCGGAAGACGCGGUGUACGGUCGCGACGGCUAUGAUUACGAUGGAUAUCGUCUGCGGGUGGAGUUUCCCCGAAGCGGCCGUGGUACCGGUCGAGGCGGCGGCGGGGGUGGAGGAGGUGGAGCUCCCCGGGGCCGCUAUGGCCCCCCAUCCAGGCGGUCUGAAAACAGAGUGGUUGUCUCCGGACUGCCUCCAAGUGGAAGCUGGCAGGAUUUAAAGGAUCACAUGCGUGAAGCAGGUGAUGUAUGUUAUGCUGAUGUUUACCGAGAUGGCACUGGUGUCGUGGAAUUUGUUCGGAAAGAAGAUAUGACCUAUGCAGUUCGAAAACUGGAUAACACUAAGUUUAGAUCUCAUGAGGGAGAAACUGCCUACAUCCGGGUUAAAGUUGAUGGGCCCAGAAGUCCAAGUUAUGGAAGAUCUCGAUCUCGAAGCCGUAGUCGUAGCAGAAGCCGUAGCAGAAGCAACAGCAGGAGUCGCAGUUACUCCCCAAGGAGAAGCAGAGGAUCACCACGCUAUUCUCCCCGUCAUAGCAGAUCUCGCUCUCGUACAUAAGAUGAUUGGUGACACUUUUUGUAGAACCCAUGUUGUAUACAGUUUUCCUUUACUCAGUACAAUCUUUUCAUUUUUUAAUUCAACUGUUUUGUUCAGAGUGGGCUAAAGUGUUGAAUCGCAUUUUUGUGUAAUAUCCCUUUGCUCCUAACAUCUACAUUCCCCUCAUGUCUUUGAUAAAUUGUAUUUUAAGUGAUGUCAUAGACAGGAUUGUUUAAAUUUAGUUAAUUCUCCAUGCUCUUCAGACUGUGAUAUUGUGUAUAUGUCUAUUCUGCUCUGGUUUGUGUGAACUGGGAUGUUGGGGGGUGUUUGUGGUUAUCUUACCUGGGGAAGUUCUUAUGUUUAUCUUGCUUUUCAUGUGUCUUUCUGUAGACAUAUCUGAAGAGAUGGAUUAAGAAUGCUUUGGAUUAAGGAUUGUGGAGCACAUUUCAAUCAUUUUAGGAUUGUCAAAAGGAGGAUUGAGGAGGAUCAGAUCAAUAAUGGAGGCAAUGGUAUGACUCCAAGUGCUAUUGUCACAGAUAAAUUGGCAGUAUUGACCUUAUACUAAAAGACAAGGGUUAAAAAUGAGUAUAUCUACCUUAAAAUACUUUUAAACUGCUUCUUAUGCAGUUGUCUUUAGCUACAAUUGCUUUCCUCUUUAAACUUUGGCAAUUGUGGCAAAAUUACCUUGCCCAUUUGUAACAAUUUGCUCCCUUCCCCCCUUUUUUAUUUUAGUAGGGACUAAUGUGGGAAGAACUGGCUAAUGUGUCACAGUACUUAGUUAACAACUGUUAUUUGUGACCUGCUGUUGAUAUACAUGUGGGUACAGGGUGUCUUUAAUUCCAAUGAGAUAGAGUAUAAUAUCAAUACUGCUAAAUCUGCAUGUCCUCUGUGUGACUGAUAGAGCAUUGCUAUUUCAUUUUUUAAAGACAAAAUGAAAGCAGAAUAUAGAAUUCAACAUAUUGGUGUAGAUAAUCUAGUUGGGAGUACUUUUAAGUCUCGCCUUCCCCUUUAAUAUUCAUAAUUGACUCAUGUUUGAAACACUUUAAUUUACAAAUUAAAUUGCAGAUGGGAGCAUUAGAUUUAGUUUAGACUUAGGUGGGUAGCAAUACCAGUAAACUUUUCAACUACAUAACUCUUUUUGCAACCACAAAACCUGUAAUGCUCUGUAAAGUAACAAGUGUUGGCAUUAUCAGUUGAACUGUAAAUAUAAAAUGCUUCUUCCAAUUAGUCUCUAUGAUGGUUAAGUUUCUAAAAUUUAUCUGAACACCAUUCAGAAACUUGUUUUGGGGAAUUUGAUAGUUAUUGAUGUACAUCUGUUAAACUGAUGACAGACAUAACUCAUCAUUCCCCAGAAACCUUUUUUGAUUACAGUAUCUAACAUUUUGCCUCCUCUUUUUUGGUUUUGCUGGUUAUAAAGGUUUGGAUUGGAGAGGGCUCACUGGAUCCCAAUCCUUGGAGCUGGAUCAUUGGAUUCAAAUCAUAAUGUGGAUAGGAUAGGGAGGAUGAAUUACAAGGAUUCAUGGAGCGGGAUCAGAUUACCAGGAACAUAGGAGUGGAUUCCUGCCCCAACCAAACCGCAUUCGUGUGGAUUUUUUUAUUCAACUUAAUUGGCUAUUCCAAAGAAUUUUUUUUUCCUAUUUUUGACGAUUGGAGCCCUUAAGAUGCACGAUGGAAUUGUGUUUUGCAUUUUUUGGUAAAAGGAGCAAAGCGAGGACCUGGAGAUAAUACGCUGGAGCAAUCUCCUUGGAAGGAUUCAGCACGAGUAGAUGGUAAACAUUUAAAGGGGAAAAGGGGGGGUUUGUUUAAAAUAGUAAUCAGUAAGUCACUUCUAAAUUUAAAGAAAACAAAAUUGGAGUUGAAGAAUAAGUAGGUUUCCAAUUGGCUAUUGCCGUUUUUCUUUGAAAAAAUAAACAUUUUUUAAAAAACUAUGCAUGGUUGUCCUUUUUCCUCUUCAUGUAAGAAUUUAACUGGGUUGACUAGUCUGUCAGUACUUUGAAUUGAUAAGACUCUGACUCUUGUGUUAGUAAAUUAAAGUUUCUUGAAAGGCAAUCUAAUAAAUGGUUUUAACUGUCUCUUAUUGUUGAUUGUAAAAUCUUCAGGGGAAGACAAAAGAUGAGAUAAAGGCAGUUAUAAAUGUGUUUGUAACCAGUAAGUGGGGGUGAUUCAGCCAGUCUCUGAAGGAUGAACUUCUCAUUCUUUGCUUAAAAGUGACUAAGAACUUGAUGGGCUUAUAGUGUAAGAUAGGUUGACAUUAGUAAAUUAAUGCUUGGAAGUAGCCUUUGAGAUUCUGAGACUCAAAAAUUGAUAAACAAGUAACAUUGCAUUUCCUUUUUGAAAUGUGAAUAGGGCACUGAAAGAAACUGAGCGACUAAUAAAAAGCUAGAAUUCUUUAACCUUGUAAAAAGAUUUCUCAACUGUGUCGUUUUCUGUGCCCAGAAUUUUAGUUCUCUACCAAAGCAGUGAUUAUAGCUUGAAGUUGACUAGUUCUUAUCUUUAUGGCCCCAUGAUGCAAAGUUUUCAAAUUAAAACUCCAGUCUCAUAGCUAAAGCCUUCAAGCUACUCCUUUCUAUGCUCAGCAGAAAUAACUAGAACUUAACAUUUCUUUUGGGAAGCUGAAUUUAAGAUGAUGAUUCAGGUGAGAUAAUUUUAAGCGUAGAGGAAACCAUUUUGUUAUUGGAAGAAGUGAACUCCAGUAGGGAUGCCCAUAAGGUCAUUCAGCUGGUCUGUUUUAAUGAAGCUUGUGCAAUGUCAGGAGGAAGAGAGGGAAUGUUAAAUUCAGAACUAGGGUUUUAUUUUUAAGUGUGUGGUAUAGAUCACUAAGUAUUUGUUUAGAAUUAAAAUACAAUGGCCAAGGAGCAGAAUUUCAUGUGGCAUGCUUGAAAUUUUAAAUUCCAUUUCAUGUGUAUUUUAGGUUAUUAAAGGGAAACAUAAAAUGACUAACAUGAUUUUGAAAGGUGAAUGCAUGCUAGAUUUAAGCAAGCAUGGGUUCAUUUAUGUUCUUUGAAUGUUUUGGGAACAGGACCAAAAUGGUCUUGAUUCAAGGCUGAAUUUGAGCUAGGUUCUAACCCUAGAUUGAAAUAGAAGUUACUCAAUAUUGUCUGUAGAUUUAAGUUGAAGAUAGGACUUGAGGUGCAUACUUUAUGAUUAAUGUGACCCAGACAACAUAAAGGCAGAUAAGGUAGAUGGUUGCUGCUCUUUUUAGUCUUAGAAAAAUGAACCUCUACCUGUAUUGGCAACUAUUGUUAGAAGAAAGUCAUGCCCUUUAAAAAAGGAACUAUAAAAGCUGCCUUGGCUUUUUUUUUCCCUUUAUUUAUGUCCUACUAGAAUAUUGUAGGGAAACUAAUUUAUUUUCUAACCAGGGAAAAUUUUAAAGUCUUUAAGAAGCAAUUACUUUACAUAACAUCAGAUUGAAUAACUCACCUUGCUGUUCAGCCCACAUUCUACAGGAGAUAAAAGGUAAGACCCGUUUUCUGACUCCUAAUUGUUCGGGAUCUGAAUUUUAUUUUAAAAAAUAUUUUUAAGGAUAUUGUUUGGAAUAUUGAAUAGUUUCUCCUCACAAAAAAUGCUUCCCCCCCCCCAAAGUUUUAUACUUUUAAUAAAUUUUGAGUGUUCAUGUAGCCA